AUGUCUAAGGAAAGCGGUGCCCUCUACAUAUUACUUGAGUCGGCGCAGCACAAAAUAAUACCAAAACCUUCCACUGGGAUACAGAUGCUUUCCCAUAACGCUUUAAGAGCCUUUGGACGUUUAAAGGUGACUAUUCCGCGAAGAUGUAUUACCUUUUCGACUUCGAUAUUACAGCAGAAUAACGUUCGCUUACAAGAAACAGAAGAUGAACAUUCAGAAAAUAGAGAAAAGUACGUCUCCCCGUUUGAGAGGGUACAAAAUUUGGCAGCCGAUUUGAAGAAUGAGUUGAAAGCUCCAGGUUCGGACGUCAAUGAAGUUUUUAAUGACUUUAAAGAUAAGAUCGAAUCGUUGAAACAAAAAUUAAGGAACCCUUCACCUAUGGAAAGAUCACACUUAUUGGCGAACUUUUCUUCGGAUCUUCUACAGGAACUAAGUUAUAAAAGCAAGAAUAUGACGAUAGAUCCUUAUCAAGUUUUAAACACGUUAUGCCAGUACAAGUUGGCACGCUCACAACAUUUCACAAUUGUUUUGAGAUACCUUCUAUAUAACCAAUCGCCACAGGACGUUAUUGCUCUAUGGGUAAAGUACUUGGAAACAAUUUCAGAAAACCCGGUAAUUUUACUUCAAAAUAGCUCCUCUCGUGCACAUACACAAAAUAUCGCAAUUACCACCCUUGCUUAUUUGUCCUUGCCAGAAAAUACUGUGGAUAUCAAGAUUCUGUAUAAGAUUCUACAGAUCGAUCCUAAAAUGGGUCAGAUUUUACCUUUUAACAUGAUUAGAAGAAUGUUAAAUACAGAAUUCAGCUCUCUUAAGGGAAGAGAUGUGAUCACGAAAAAUUUAAAUGACUUGUAUUAUCAAUACACGGUACAGGAUAGUGGUCAUUUCUUAAACCAAAUUGAAAACGCUCCUAGAUGGAUAGAUUUAAGGGAUCUUUAUAGCCAAUACGAUAAACUUGAAGGCGAAAAAAAUAUAGAAAUCAUAACCAAGUUCAUGGAUAAGUUUAUUGAUUUGGAUAAACCCGAUCAAGUUGUAAGUAUUUACAACCAGUAUAGCAAGAUUUUCCCAAAUACCACAUUGCUGAAAGAUCGUCUAUUAAAUGCUGUGGCGCACUUACGAGCCAAAUCGAGUAAAGAGAAGCUGGACAGAAUUUUAGCAGUCUGGAAUAGUAUUAUCAAACCAGAUGACGAUAUCAAAAACACAUCCUAUGCGGCCCUAGUUAAUGCUCUUUGUGAUUCUGGGAAUUUCAGCCAUCUAAAGGCGUUCUGGGAAGAAGAACUUCCUAAAAAGCAUAAGAAAGAUACAAUUGUGAAGGAAGCAUUCCUCCUGGCCUUAUGUCAAACUUCGCCACUAAGUUAUGACCAAAUCAAAGGGGAGUUGGGAGAGACUAUUAAAACCAAGAAGUUGCUCAAUAAAGUUUUGUUGCUUAUGUUAGAUGAUGAAAAGGUGAGUGAAGAACAGUUCAACACAUUUUACUAUAAUCAUUAUCCGUCAGAUGGUACGUUGCCCCCUACUUUAGAAACUUUGAGCAUUAAAAUGUAUGCUAAUUAUAAGUUUCAGGCAGAAGACACACGCCCACAGUUCAAUCUACUACAAAGCAUUUCUGUUAAUCCCACCGAUUACGAAAAAGUUGAAAAAAUUACGAAAACCUUUAUUUCAGUAUGCCCCACUAUCGAUCCAAUUCGUCAACUCUACAAACAGUUGGGAACUCACCUAAAUGCUAGGAACUAUGCAGACUUUAUUUCCGCAGAGUUCAAUAAACCUGGCGGGACAGUGGCGGAGGCAGAGAACUUGUUUACUGACUUCCUAGCAUAUCAAAAGACCAGAAAGAGAAACGUGGAUAAUACACCUCUGAAUGCCUUAUUAUUAGGUUUCUGUGAAAAGCUUUAUAAGAGUAAACAGAGCGAGUACGUUCCCUAUAUCGAAAAGUACUACGACCUAGCUAAGGAUUCCGGUAUCAGGGUGUCGAAUUUGGCAGUUUCAAAAAUUCUAUUCAACUUAGCAACAUUCGCACGCAAUACUCAGCAGCUGGCUGAUAACGAAACUGGCUUUAUUAAUCAAUUUUUGCAAGAUGUAGGCAGUAAUGAAGAUUUUCGUCCCAAUCCUAAGGAUAUACAAAUUCUAAAAGAUUGCGAUGGAAUUACUGUACCAGAAAAGCUUCUUUAA